UUUUUUGUCUGGGGGAGUAAUCUGUUUUUGUAACCCUGAUCUGGUGGAUAUAUGACAGAAAUCAAAAGUGAACUGCCUUAUCGAAUGUGUUGAUCCUAGUGGCUGAUCCUAGUCUGUGACUUUCACAUCGAAGGCCGUACUCUUGGAAGUAUAGAUCGAAUUACACGGUGUUUGCAGCUAUGGAUCGCAACGCAGAUUCAGAUGAAUAUACUGGCCAAGAAGAGCAACAGUCGGGUACCCGACCCAAUCCUCAUUUGCUCCGCACAACAGGUUCAGAAACACGUCAUGAACGAUCCUGGAGGGUUGACGGAGCGUCACGAGGUGUUGUUGGCGGACAGUCGAACAGGAAUAACUUAACAUGGACUCGGUCAAGUAAUCACAGCGCUGCACCGGCUGCUGGCUCCUGGAGGAAUAUUAACAGGGAAGCAAGUGGAGGUGCUCGGCCCAAGGAUAGCAAUACGUUUUGGAGGAGAAACAACUUAGAGAGAGAAGAUGACUCAAAGACUCAAAUAGACCGUCAGGAAACGCCAAACUGGCGACGGAGAGCAGAGAGUCAGGGAGAAGGGACAACAGAACAGCCAAGGGACACUUCUACGAUCAGUAGUGACUUCUUUAGACGGCCAGGUAAACCGAGAAGCAAUUGGGGGUCAACAACCUCGAGCCCAACCAGUCCUCCAACCCCUGUAGAAGAAACUAAAUGGCGUCGAGGACAGAGCGACGUUUGUUCGGGAUCAGGGAGAUACACAGGUCAAGUUCAAGUAAAGCAGACUCCCAAGACGCCCUCAAUGUCAGAGGAAGAACUCAAGACACUGCUGACGGCCAGUCCACAAGAAGUUCUCUCCAAGCUUCUGAGCAGAAAACACGAAUGGUUGGCACUUUUAAAUCUUGACUCAUUCAAUGAUAAUGUAAUGACGUUAAUACUUGGUGUUUUGUCGUGUAUUUGUGAUUUAAAUGUAGAUCCAAAAGUAAAGCAGGAUAUUCAUAUGGUAUUCAGUAUGAUAGAGUCUGAAGGGUUUCUCAGUAAACAUUUGACGAGAUACUUAGUAGGUUUGUCCACACAACAGCCGCAUGAUGAUCAAGAAAGAGAUAGUGAAACCCUUGCAAACAAUAUCAAAAUGAUUUUGAAAUUGCUGCAAGUUUUCCUUGAACACAAGCCAGAAAUUUAUGGUGAAAUGGGCGUGGUUCUGAUUCUUCUCGAGAAGGCUGUUUCCCUGGCAGUGGUAGAAUCUUGUACUGACAUCAAUCAUGAAGGUCAUAGUUACAUGAUCCAGGUAGAGCAGUUGAAAGAAUGCUAUCAUGCACUGGACGAGUCUCAUCAGAUAAUACAACACGUUAAGGCACGGCAGCCACCCAACAACUUCAGAGAGAUUCCAAUCAUCCCCGACAGUUUAGAGAUUCAGAAACCAACAAAGCCAUUCUUACGAAAGAACAUCUUAAAGGGAAGGUAUCAAGACGUCGAGCAUUAUCUUGAUGUGCAGUUCAGGUUGUUGAGGGAGGACUUUGUUGCACCGUUACGGGAAGGUAUCGCAGAGUUUCUCUCUAAAGUAAACAAUCAUCAUCAAGACAUUCGGGUGUAUCGCAAAGUCUCCGUUCAAGGUCAGAAGAUUGGGAAAAGAGGUCAGUUCACCCUGGAGUUUGAUGUCAAAGGUCUCAACCGUAUCAACUGGCAAACCAGCAAGCGUCUGAUAUAUGGUUCAUUCGUCUGUCUCACUCAGGACAAUUUCAAGAGCAUUUUAUGUGCGUCUGUGGCAGAUCGGAACACGAAGGACUUGGAAAAAGGUCUGGUUGAUGUUUGUUUUCUUACCGAGUCUAGUAGAACGCCUACAGGUACCUUUGUCAUGGUCGAAUCUGCAGCUUAUUUUGAAGCCUAUCGACACGUCUUACUAGGGCUACAACGAAUGAAUAGCGACAAUUUCCCUUUUGAAAGGUACAUUGUGAAUGUUUCAUGUAAUGUUAGAACACCCAAGUAUCUGAGCGAAGACUGCUCUGAUGUGUAUGACCUACGACCAUUGGUUGUUGCAACUGAUCAGGUCUUUGAAGAUGAGGGUCUGACUGAAACCUUCGUAAAUGCAGCCUGUGUGUCAAUUUUAGAUCCACAAAGUUGGCCGACUGCAGAGGCCUUACAUCUUGAUGAGUCACAGAAGGCAGCUGUGCAGGCAGCGUUGACGAAGGAGUUUGCCAUCAUCCAAGGUCCACCAGGAACGGGGAAGACUUACAUUGGUCUCAAGAUCAUCGAAAUACUUCUGUACAAUACACCUACAACUCCAGACGCGUCUCCAAUUCUGGUGGUGUGCUACACAAACCAUGCUCUGGAUCAGUUUCUGGAGGGAAUUCUAAACUUUGGUGAGGAGAACCUAGUUCGUGUUGGAAGCCGAAGCAAAAGUGAAGUGCUUGAGUCUCGAAAUCUGUCCUAUCUAAAGCGACAUCUAGGUCGCCCGCCUAAGAACAUGCAGCAAAGGGAAGUACUUGAAGAAACCGAAGCGAGUUUACACGAAACAAAAUCAGCAAUUCAUUGUACACUUCUAAAAGUGGCUUUUGCUAAAACGAUCAUAAUUCAAGUCGAGAAGCUAAACAAUGUCAUGAGCAACAUACAUCAACAAAGUUUUCAAAAGAAUAAGAAGAGACCUGAGGAUCCAACAACAAACCUUCUGAACUGGCUAAAUGUGGUUGAUAUCGAUCAUGAAAGUGAUAGCUCCGAUAUGUCGGAUUCAAAUGAAGAAAAAGAUGAAUUUAUUGACGUAGAGGAUGAAAGUGCACGGAUACAACAUGAACGCCGAAUCGAUGAUGAAGAUGACUCGAGAGUUUCCGAAGAACAGCGAAAGCAAAAUGAGCUUUCCGUAUUGAGACAAAAUGCAGCAUACAGCACUGAAUGUAAGAAACGCUGUGGUUCAAAUUUGGAGUCCACCCCGAAAGAAGAACUUAAGAAGGACGACAUGAUGUCUGAUAGAGAAGCUCCCAGAGUCACAAAUGUAUGGAGUCUGACGUUAAGCGAUCGUUGGCGGCUUUACAGACUCUGGGUUAAGAAGUACAUUGAAGAGCAGGAGGAGAUGCUGACGGAUUACCGCAUAAGUUAUGACAGCCUUUCAAAGGAAAUUCAAGCUAUGAAAAACAACGUAGAUUUUGAAGUUCUCUCAAAAGCAAGAGUGAUUGGAAUGACGACAACAGGUGCGGCCAGAUGUCAGUCGGUUCUGCAGCUUCUUGGUCCUCGUAUUGUGAUAGUGGAAGAGGCUGCUGAAGUUCUUGAAGCUCAUAUCAUCACCGCCCUGGCUGCAAAAUGUCAGCAUCUUAUUCUGAUUGGAGAUCAUCAGCAGCUGAAGCCAAACCCAACAGUCUAUCGCCUGGCUAAGGUCUUUAAUAUGGAUACCUCCUUGUUUGAACGGAUGAUCAACAAUGGCGUGCCUUGUCAAACAUUGAACCACCAGCAUCGUAUGCGUCCUGAAAUCUCAAAACUCAUGAAGAAACAUUUUUAUAAAAAUCUUCACGACGAUGAGUCUGUGAUGGAUUUCGAUGACAUAAAAGGAGUAGCACAUAACAUGUUUUUCAUUGAUCACAAUCAGUUUGAAGAUGAGGGUGAUGACAACAAAACCAAGUCCAAUCAGCAUGAAGCGGAGGUCCUUGUCGAGUUGUGUAGGUACUUGUUACAUCAAGGAUAUCAGCCCAAACAGAUUACCAUUCUAACCACCUACUUGGGUCAACUCUUCACCUUCAAGAAACUUAUGGAUAAAGGGACCUUCGAGGGAGUUCGGGUGUCUGUGGUUGACAAUUUCCAGGGAGAAGAAAAUGACAUCAUACUUUUGUCUUUGGUUCGAAGCAACGAAGAGGGCUCCAUCGGGUUCCUGAAGACUUCAAACCGUGUCUGUGUUGCCUUGUCUAGAGCUCGCAUGGGUUUCUACUGUAUUGGCAACGCCAACAUCCUGAGAAAGUCUUCUAUCUGGAGUAGCAUACUAAGAACCCUUGAAGAUGAGAAGAAAAUUAGCUCCUCGCUUGCAUUGGUUUGUCAAAACCAUUUAGUAGUAACAGCGGUAGCGACGGCCAGAGAUUUCAAGGAGAAGGUUCAAGACGGAGGUUGUGGCGAGCCAUGUGGGUACAUGCUUCCAUGUAAUCACAUGUGCAAAUUACACUGCCAUCCCUUUGAUCAAAAGCAUAGGGUUUACAAGUGUCAAGAGCCCUGCUCAAAGUUAUGUAGAAGAGAGGAACACACGUGUCUGCUAAAAUGCUAUGAGGAAUGCACACCAUGUUCGACAAACGUACACAAACUGAUGCCAAAGUGUGGUCAUGUUAUUCAGGUUAAAUGUGAGAUGUUUGAUUCAGUUACUUGUACCGAACCAUGUCCUAGAUCACUGCCAUGUGGGCAUCCAUGUAGGAAGGCGUGCGGAGAUUCGUGUCCUACUUGUAUUGUCGAGGUUUCUAAAUCGAUGCCAGAGUGUGGUCAUGUUAUCCAGGUUGAAUGUCGUCGGUAUGGGUCAAUCACUUGUACAGAACCAUGUCCUAGAACACUGUCAUGUGGACAUGCAUGUAAAGGGGCGUGUGGUGCUAAAUGCACUACUUACUGUACUGUCAAGGUCUCUAAACACGUUACAAAGUGUGGCCAUGACGUCCUGAUGGAAUGUGCCAAGAACCCCGACUUAACGCCCUGUACUCAUCUAUGUGACAAGUUGCUGGUAUGUGGCCAUCGUUGCCCCAAAAAGUGCAGCAAGCCAUGUCCAGAGGAAAGAUUAGAUGACGCCAAGAUGAUGAAUUUAAGGAUCCAUUUUAAUUUCGAAUCAUUUUGCAAAGAGAAGUGUGAGCGGUCAUUGCCUUGCGGCCAUCCCUGUCCUAAUAAAUGUUGCGAACCGUGCCCAAAGGAGACAGUGGACCCAACCUAUGGUGAAUACGUAAAGCUUCACGAAAAAGUUCGUGGUCAUAUUGUUGCCGGCAAACUGUUUAUGGUGUGUACCCAAAUCACAAAUAAAAAGCUUCCUGGGUGUGAUCAUACUGUAUUAGUGCCAUGUCAUGCUGAUAUUACGUCAUUAACUUGCAAAGAGACCUGCAACAAAGAGUUAUCAUGUGGUCAUCGGUGCAAAGAUAAAUGUGGCGUCCCUUGCAAAUGCAAACUGAGAGUCAACAGAAAGCUUCCAUCUUGUGAACAUUCUGCUCGGCUCCCUUGCUACCAAGAUGUCAACUCCUAUCAAUGUGAGAAGAAAUGUCAGAAAAUGUUACAAUGUGGACAUCCAUGUUCCAAUAAAUGCUGUGAACCCUGCCCAACGGAUGGAGAAGACGCCCAAACUGAGAGCACUCGAAACUUACCAGCAAAGGCCUGUCAACGCUCUGUGAGGAAGAAGUUUAGAGGCUGCCACCACAGUGUUGUACUCCCAUGUUAUAAAGACGUUGAGUCGGUCGUAUGUGCAGAAAGGUGUACCAAAGUGUUGUCGUGUAGUCACAAAUGUCCAAACCGAUGUGGCGAUCCAUGUCCAAGUAGCAACCCUAAGAAGACAGACACUUACUGUGACUGGAAUGAUGAUGGCAACAGUUCAUCUGAACAAGAUGACCUCUAUGUCAGAAAAUGCCAACACUUUGUGAACAAAAAGAUACCUUCUUGCGGUCACGUCAUAGAAAGUCCAUGCUAUAAAAGCGUUGAAUCACUGGUAUGCCCAAAGCCCUGUGAGAAGAUUCUUCCAUGUGGUCAUCAAUGCGAAAAUAAAUGUGGGGAGCCGUGCCCGAACGAAGAAUGUACAUCCAGUGACGACGAAGAGGAAAUGAAUGAAAACGAAUUUGUAAAACAGAAAUGCCAAGUCACCGUUUCCAAGCAGCUACCUGACUGCUGGCAUUUCAUGAAUCUUCCUUGCUACAAGAAAGCCGAGUCCGUUGAUUGUUCAAAUCCAUGUGAGAAGAUACUGAAGUGUGGUCACAAAUGCCCAAAUGAAUGUGGUGAGACGUGUCUUGAGUCAGAACAGUGUGACGCGCUUGUGGAAAGGAACCUUUCUGGUUGUGGUCACAAAGUAGAAACUAACUGUUGCAGAAAUGUCAAACUAAUCACUUGCAGAGAGAAAUGUGAAAAGGUUUUGCCGUGCGGUCAUGUAAUCAAAUUGGCCUGCUGGAAAACAUCUUAUUCUGCAGCUAUUACUAGUUGUCAGGAACUGUGCAGUCAUUUACUUCAUUGUGGUCACAACUGUCCCGGUACAUGUGGUUCCUGUGCAGGACCUGGUGGAGCACAUAAAGUUUGCAAUAACAAAUGUGGAACUCGCCUUCUUUGUGGACAUAGGUGCUCGGAAAUGUGCUGUGAUCAUGAGCUCUGUUCACCACACAAACUUUGCAAUAAUUCUUCAAAGCGAUUUCCCCCAAAAUCCACGAAGAGUUUCAGAUGUAAGCAUCGGAGCAAAGCACGUACCACUUCUUGCAACCUUCCAUGCAUCCAAAAACUUCGUUGCAAUCAUUUCUGUCUUGGUGUUUGUGGUGAACCCUGUCCACCUGUUUGUCGUAUCUGUCACAAAAAGGAUGUCGCUGGCAAAUAUCCUCCGGGACCCAUCCGUCCGAAGGAAACAUUCAUAUACCUUGAAGACUGUGGACAUCUUUGUGAAACACGGUUUCUUGAUGAAAUGUUUGCAGGUUUCCAGCCAUCUGGAACAAGCUUUGUGCAGAUCCAACCAGCUCUGUGCCCUAAAUGCCAUACACCAAUUCGUACAUGUCCACGUUAUGAAGACGCCCUUCGCACAAUCAAAGAGUCAGUAGACAUAGCCAGAGAGAAAUGUAACCAAGACCGAUUUGUUAAGCUUUCUUUUGCUGUGGGUGGGUGGAUGAGGUGUCCGGAAGGUCAUGUUUUCUGUCAAGACAAAGCAUCAGAUGAUUUACUUUGCCCUGAUUGCUCUUCCUACUAGCAAUCAGAAUCUUCAAGCGAUGACAUGAAAUAUUGUGAAUGAGGACCAAUGCAAACACUAUGGGAAGCAUACGUUUAAUGACAGUGGACACUAUUGGUAAUUGUCAAAGACCAGUCUUUUCACUUGGUGUAUAUCCACACAUGCA